AUGAUGCAUCUACAGCCUUAUCAUGAACACAUACUUGAAGCCUAUACAAGCCUCAUAGGUGCUGCACAAAAUUCAGAAGAAUCAAUUCGCCUUCAAAUCUGGAAGCGCGACACUGGCCUGGCAGCACACGACCCUCCAACAGCGAACAAGGUCAAGUGGCUCGAUUAUUCGUAUUCAUGGAAUCAAGACGACAUUGACACGGCCCCGCAGCGGCGAGGAGAUUUUUCUGCAGGCAACGUACCAUAUUUCAACAUCGAACCGCCACUUACGAUGAGUUGCGAUGCCUGGUAUAAGACUCUAUGCAGCAUUCGAACAGGAAUCGGAUUAUUGGUUUCACAAGACGAGAAUGAGAUGCGGAACAAUAUCCAAAACACCCUACAGGAUGAGGUUCAAAACCUGCGCGAUGAAUGUUAUUUGAAACUGGCUAAAAUAAAGGAAUUGUGUGGAGAGAUUGUCGUUCUGGAAGAGACGAUAGCCGACAGAGAAAGAAAACUCGGGAUCAUGGCAUCUGUCACCGCCCCUAUCCGCCGGCUGCCAUCGGAGCUGCUAACGAGGAUCCUCCGGUUCACAUUGCCUAGUUGCAGUAGCAAGCCCUCGAUUCGCCAACCACCGCUUGCUCUUUGUCGGGUCUCCAAACUGUGGCGGGACACAGUUGUGAAUGAUCCUCAAAUGUGGUCGCACAUCUGGUGUCAUUUCCCCGUUGAGGGUGCCCCCGACAAGGAAUACAACAAGAUUUCACGGGCACUCGAAUAUUUCUCUCAUCGCUCAGGUACUACUCCUCUAAAUCUCAACAUAUCCGAAUAUCGCAGCACCGCAUCUGAAAAUCGAACACGGAUCACCCAGCUGCUGGAAACACUUUAUCCAAGAUGUCGCGUACUCGAUUUUGACAUGAAAGGCCCAUGCGCGAAUUCAAUCCUAAAGGAUAUCCCGUUGAACGCUUUCCCAAGUCUGGAAAGCCUACACCUGGAUCGCGCUAUGAACGUAAACACUCUGGAAACACAAAUUUUCUCCAAUUGCCCUCUUCGGCAUUACAGGUUAUCCAUCUUUACCCCUCUGGACCUCGCAAAUAUUUCGGUCCCGCGGCACCGCCUAGAAACGUUCGACCUUGUCAUGUCUGUCGCUGGCAAUAAUUCGCUUCGGGACACCAUUCAAAGUUGGCGGUCGUUCAUGCAUUCAUGCAGUAAUCUCCGUACCGCGAACAUCAAGCUGGAGAUUUGGCGAAUGGGGGCAAAGAAGCUCAAUGACGGCACGAUCUGGGACUCUCCGCUCGUGCCUACUUCCACAACUUCCCUCACAGAGCUCACCUUGACGAUCGCCUUCGAAGCAAGUGCUUCCACCCUCCUCCGUGGCAUGGACUUUCCUGCCCUCGAAUUACUGCAUCUCGGACAUUUAGGAGGCGUGAAACCAGGAUUCUCCUUCGUCCCAGAAGGUGCAGAUUUGGCGGAGACCAUCGCGCGCGACAUGCCAUACAUCACAGAACUCACCACGUUGUGCCUUUCCAGAUUGAAGAUUUGCAACAAGGAUCUCCGUACACUUCUCUCCUUGACGCAACGUCUUGAACGUUUGAGUGUCUUUGAGAUGCGGGGAACGAUGGUCGUGGAGUCGGAAGACCUCGUUUCGUUCUUGUCCAUUGAUGAGCACGAGAGCAAGAAAGGGUUUUGUCCUCCACUUUUAAGCUUACGUGUCCUGGCCCUAUAUUCUGCUCAACACUCGCCAACCGAACCCAUACCGCAUUCCGCAUAUGCAAACUUAGUACGCUCACGAUACAGGUGGAUGAAGGAAUCACGAACGUCUGCAGGAAGCGAGUCUGCCAUCGAACCAGGAACUCAUGCCGGAGGCAAGCCUCUUCCAUUCAAGUUCCUCUUCACGGUGAAGUGUCCGAAGGACACCAAGGAGUAUUACGAAACAAUCAAGGAGACAAUGGAGAGCGAGUUUGAGGACUUGCCUCGCGGAGUUCUGCGAGUAGAUCACUGCCAACUGGAAUAUCCGCCUCUCCCUGAAGAAUUUUAG